AUGGUGACGAAGCCGCCAAAUAAGAUUUUGAAACCACAAUUAGCCAUCUCUCAUACAUCUGAUCUUGACGGAGUGCGAAUGCCAUCUUCGGCAUCUAUUUACCAUUUCCACUUCCAACCUCUUGGUGUUGGCUUUGGCGACUCAUUUGAGCGUCAAGCCUCCAGAUAUGAUGAAGUACGGGCAUUUGUGGACAGGAUUCUAUUGAGGUACUCCACUGAGCUCUCUUAUGUAUCGAAAAAUGAAGACCCUACGGACCUAGCAGUGAUUCCAAUGCUUGGCACAUCAGCUGAAUCGGUUGCACUCUACAUGUGCGGGAAACAUGCUCCAAACCUAACUCAAGUCCACCAGGCAUUUAGGUUACAUUGGCAAACCUUGGAUCAGUUAAGAGCUGUGAUCUCCCUUCAAUCUGGUACAAAUCCGCAAUCAGUAACCACUAGUGCACCGCUAUUAGUAGUUAUCAUGAACAUGGUUCUAUAUGAGUGGAUAGCCCCUACAACUCAGAGCGCUUGGAAAGAGCAUGUUCGUGGACUGGAAGCUCUGAUCAACAAUUAUGGUCCUGCUGCGUUCCAUCAGGAACCUAUGAGACAAGUUUUUGAACAGGCAAGAAUGCAUAUCGUCGUCGCCCACCUGGAUGAUGUGCAACAGACGUAUUUGGAAGAACCAUCGUGGCAAGAGGUUCCAUGCUCAUUCCAGCGAGCUAUUGAGACAAACCUCUACAACUGCUGUAUGCUGUUUCUCUGCGACAUGGCAUUCCAACUGGGGAGUUUGGAUGAAUUAAAGCAGUUUCCAACAUCUCAGCUUUUCGACUCUUCACGUAGCGUCUCAGAUCUUCAUCGAUUUUCCGACAGUGACGCUGAACGCGCAAAAACAACAGGGCACUAUACUGCAUUUCCACACGAAUUACCAGCGUGGAAUUUAGCGGGCUAUGAGAUAUGUCGAAGCAUUGAAUUUAUGCUGCAACCAAACCACGGACCUGCAGGAGCUUAUUUUGCCAUGUUUCCUCUUCGAGUUGCACAGCUAUUCAUUGAACCAUCAUCAGAAAAUGAGUCUAGGCCCAUGCUAAAUGCUUUUUUACAAGGCGAGUUCUGGAAUUUUACCGCCGCCAAUGGCGCACCAGGACCAAUAUCUAACGAGAUGAAAGAAGGGUCGGAUGCCAUUCAUACUACAGCAUUCCACCCUGCGAGAGAAUUUGACAACAAAAGUCACAAAACAGAGGGUACCAUCAACGAGAAAAGCGAUUCUGCCGUUAUAUUACAGUGGAUUCGAUCUAUCAUGGGGUACAUAGCAGACGUAUAUGGAUUCAGUGUGACUCGCAACUUCAACUAA